ACCUUAGUCAUUCGGGCGGCAAGAUUUGGGGGCAGAGAGAGAGAGAGAGCAAUGGAGCCGUUCGUGAAUGCGUUCUCAGUAUUGGAGCUCGAUGCUGAAGACGAUCAAGUUCGUCCUCCUUCUACUUUCUCCAAAGACGAGGCUGCCGCUUCUUCCUCUUCAAGAACAGGAAAAAGCAAGAAGGAAAACAUCUCUGGUGAUAUUCUGAUGGGAGAAAGACAGAAACAAAGUCAACCAGAUGUAGCUGCAGAAGACUACAAGUUUCCACUUGUUUGGAUUGACCUGGAAAUGACUGGUUUAAAUGUAGAAACAGAUAGAAUACUGGAGAUAGCUUGUAUAAUUACCAAUGGAAGUCUGACCAAAUUGGUUGAGGGUCCUCAUCUAGUUAUUCACCAAUCAAAAGAAUGUCUUGAAAAAAUGGGAGAAUGGUGUCAAAGUCAUCACGCAGCCAGUGGAUUGACAAAAAAAGUGCUACAAAGUACAAUUAGUGAACGAGAAGCUGAAAAACAGGUUAUAGAAUUUGUGAAGAAACAUGUUGGUAGCUAUACUCUACAUUUGGCUGGAAAUUCAGUCUAUGUGGAUUUUAUUUUUUUGAAGAAAUACAUGCCAGAUUUGGCUGGACUUUUUUCGCACGUACUUGUUGACGUCAGUAGUGUUAAGGCUCUAUGCUUUCGCUGGUUUCCAAGAGAUCAGAAGAAAGCUCCACCGAAGGAGAAUAAACAUAGGGCUAUGGAUGAUAUCAGAGAAAGCAUAAUGGAACUCAAAUACUACAAGGAAAAUAUAUUUAAGAAGCCUAAAAAGUGACGCAGGAGGAGGAGGAGGCACCACAACCACAAGACUACAUGUCUGUACGUUGCUGGAUUCAUUGCUUGGAGAGCCUUCAUGGUAUCAAAUACAUUGUGUUGAUUGAUUAACUGCUUGCUGGAUUCAUUGCUUGGAGAGCCUCCAUGGUAUCUAAUACAUUGUGUUCAUUAACUGCUUUCAAAUCCAAACAUACUUGCGGAUCCAAGAGUUUGUAGAUCAUCUAUGUUAGAAUUUAUUUUCUUUAUAUUCUAUUGGGUAUAUAUAAUUUAAUCUUUUAUCUAUUUGAAAUGGUCACUUGUUCGAUGCCAUUACUAUAUGUUUCUAUAAACUAUUUUUUUC